AAUAUGAGUUUUAAUAUAUUCAAAGAUCGACUAAAUUGGUGUUUAAUGGAUCCCAAAGAAAGAUCAUCGGAAACGAGUCAACAGGAGAUAGAGUACGAAACAUUACCGACGAGUGAUGUGAGGACACACAUGUGUGCCGGCGCUGUGGCCGGUAUUAUGGAACACGUGGUUAUGUAUCCAUUGGAUUCAGUAAAAACCCGUAUGCAAAGUUUACAUCCGAACCCAAAGGCCUCAUAUCGGUCGGUACCCGAAGCCCUUUACAAAAUGGUUAGACAUGAAGGUCUGUUUCGUCCAAUAAAGGGUGUGUCGGCAGUGAUGGUCGGCGCCGGACCGGCUCAUGCCUUAUAUUAUUCAUGUUAUGAAAAGAUGAAACGUGUGUUAAGCGGCACAGAGACGGGUGCGCACCACCCGUUAGCACAGGGAGCCGCCGGAUGUUUGGCCACAAUAUUACACGACGCUGUUAUGAAUCCGGCAGAAGUUGUCAAACAACGGAUGCAAGUGUUCAACAGUCCCUACAAGAAAGCCCUCCACUGUUUUGUCGACGUCUAUCGCAAGGAAGGCUUACGUGCUUUCUAUAGGAGUUAUUUGACUUCAUUGUCGAUGAAUAUUCCGACACAAAGUCUACAUUUUAUGACAUAUGAAUUCAUACAGGAGUUGACUAAUAGUGAGAGGACUUACAAUCCAAAAGCACAUAUGAUAUCGGGUGCUAUCGCUGGCGGGUUCGCUGCGGCCGCCACUACACCACUUGAUGUCUGCAAAACUCUUCUCAACACUCAAGAGAAGCAAACAUUGCAGAGAUCUCAGCAAAACAGUGUGACUGGCCUUUGGAACGCCGCCUCUACGAUAUACCAGUGCUGUGGACCAAAAGGUUACUUUCAGGGAUUGCAGGCUCGAGUACUCUAUUCAAUGCCUGCCACUGCUAUCUCAUGGUCUGUCUAUGAAUUUUUCAAAUUUCUUAUCACUUCACGCGAUGGAAAGCUCCCGAUCCCAACUUCUCACUCCAUAACCACUUCAUCUCAUUUGCCUAACUUUGCUUCACAUUUGAAUACAUCAGAAGCCAAAUGGGAUAAUAAUUUAAAUAAAAAAAGUGAUCUAAUGGUGCCCUCAGUGACCACUGAUAUAACUUUAGAUAAGUCACGGAAUCUACUCAACACUUAAAAGUAGUUGAAAAAUCAUUUGAUAGAAAAUUUAAUGUAUAAAAUAUAGCAAUUUUU